CAACCAUGCUUCCCAAUCAUUCUUUACUCCCUUUUUAUUUCCCAGAAACUCAUCCAAAAUCUCAAUAAAAUUUCACAAAAAAUCAUGAGUUUAUCCAAGAGAAUUCCCAUGCUUCUACUAAGGCUCAUAGCCUUGGGAGCAAGUGUCUGUGCAAUAGUGAUCAUGGUCACGAGCCGCGACUCUGCUCAAGUCUUCGGCAUGAAUAUCAGCGCCAAAUACUCGAACAUCCCGACGUUCAAAUAUUUUGUGUUGGUCAAUGCUAUUGCAAGUGCCUACACACUCAUAUUGCUGUGUAUCCCUUCCAAGAAUUCAUGUGGUCACAUGAUCUUGGUCCUUGAUCUGGUCAUUGCCUUGCUGCUCGAUUCGAGCAUAUCAGCAUGCGUUGCAAUAGGGCUAGUGGGGAAGAAAGGCAACACUCAUGCAGGCUGGCUACCUAUCUGUGGACAAGUUCCUAAGUUCUGCGAUCAUGUCACCGGAGCGAUUGCUGCCGGUUUUAUAGCCGCCAUAGCCUACUUCCUCGUCGUUCUCUACUCAGUCCACAGCGUCAUGAACCUCUUUGCCCCCAGGGCUUAGAGACGAGUCCAUGAUCGCGUUUUCAGCAGUCAGGGAGAGAAAUAUGUACUAGUUUUUUGUAUUUUUCACAGAGAUAUUUGUCAAAAUCUCAUUUUAGUUAAAUAUUCAUUCAAUCUCAUUUUAGCUAUAUUACAAGCCCUCUUUUGUAGCAUUACAAUAUGUGAAAUUACUAGGUUUCUGUAGUCUGUAUGAUGUAGAAUGUAUUUAU